AUGCCAUCAGCAUUUAAGGAGGUAGUCAAGAGUGCCAUCAAAGAGCUGGACUCAAGGGGAGACCUCAUCCCAGUGGACAGCCUUUGUAACUCCACCAGCUUCAGACCCUACAGCCUCCUGAGCAGGAAACGCUCGCGCUCAAAGUACUGGAAAUACCGAUACAAGUGUGUCAACCUGUCAAUCAAAGACAUCCUGGAACCUGGUGCUCCAGAACCAGAACCUGAAUGCUGUGGCUGCGUCCAAAUCUCUGAUGCCGCCGACGGGAACGUGCAGGGUCGCAUGGCGCUGGAAAGCAUGGACCAGUGGAAGAUUGCUGGCGCGGUUGCCAUGUCUGGCAGUCACAGUGCGUCCAUGAACGUGUGUAUACUGCGUGUGGCUCAGAACACCUGGGUGGUCAUGCAUCAAGAGAGGCACCUGCAGCAGCCUGAACAUAAAAUCCUGCAACAGCUUCGGAGUCGUGGUGAGGAUGUGUUCAUGGUGACAGAUGUGCUACAGACACAGGAAGAGGUGCAGGUCACCCUGAUCCAUGCCCGGGAGGGCUCAGGCCAGUUUGCACUGCCUGGAGUCACAUGCUUGCAGGGUGAAAGCAAGGGCCACCUAAGCCGGAAGAAGAUGGUGACCAUUCCUGCAGGGAGCAUCCUUGCAUUCCGGGUGGCCAAGCUUCUCAUUGACCCUACAUGGGAUAUCCUUCUCAUUCCUGAUGAUGAGAAGAGGACCUUUGAGCUCCCCUCAUCAACCUUGCAAGCAGGACAGGAGAGACGGAGCUGGGAGGAUCCAGGGAACAUCUCAGCCUUUUCCCCUUCUGCCCUCCGAAUGCCCUGCCAAUGCCACAGAAGAGAGGACGGCCAGAAGCCACGAGCUUAUAGCCUGCUUCCCGAAGCACAACCCAUAUGUGCCCCACUCACUCUCCGGACUGGUCAGUAUCCACGUGUCCACCCUGAGACCCCUCUGCUCCCUGAAUCUACCCUUCCUACUUCGUGUUCCCCAGGACCUCAUAGGCAUCAUCAGGUGGUGCUGCCCUCUGACCCUACAGAUGCAAUCCAUGAGGAACAGGUGAUCAGAGAAGACUCCUCUUGUAUAAUAUUAGUGAGACCAGCCUCAAUAUUAUACAUUCCAGAAGCUCAGGAGAGAACUAUUGACUGCGAGGACUAUUUUCUAGAAAUAGAAUCUCAGCACAUUGAGCUCUAUUGUCCACUCGCUUUAAUUCCUCUGGCAUUAUUCCUUUAUACACAUAUAAUUCCUUUAUACACAUAUAAUUCCUUUAUACACAUAUAA